GAUGACGUACUUGGAUAUAAGUUUUAUUUGUUUGAUAAUUAUUCUGGUCAGAGAAGGUGAAUCCCUCCAAUGUUGGUCAUGCUCUUCUAUCUAUGAGCCGGGCUGUGAGGAUCCGUUCAAGCCCAACGAUCUUACGGCGGGAGCGGAGUAUUUUCUUGUCGACUGCAACCACAACUAUAUAAUUAAUGGAAGUAUUGAGGAACAGCACCUCAUGGAGCAUGUAUUCGGUCCUGACGCAAAACCUUAUUGCAGAAAAUCAGUUCGUCAAGUAUAUGGGAUAACCAUCGUUCAUCGCGGAUGCUCUUACGGUGACUUUUCUAAUGACUGUUCGAAUGGCCGUGGCACCUGCGAUAGCACAGCCUGCUACGAAGACGGCUGCAACGCGGCCACAGCCCUCAGCCGAAUUACCUCGCUGUAUAUACCUAUUAUUACAUUAUUACUCUUGUGUUAAAUGAAAAUACUCUCCAAAAAUUCUCAGGUACUAAACAAA